GAUUGCAUACUGAUCGGUAACUGAAUGUAAGUUUUACGUCUCUUUUAAGCCACGUCAAAAUAUUUAUCUGAUACAAUGGUGGAAAUCGAGUCUAUGACAAGAUAUGUCUCUCCCAUAAAUCCUGCAAUUUUUCCAUUAUUGGCAGUGGUGUUAUUAGGAAUUGGAAUAUUUUUUACAGCAUGGUUCUUUGUAUAUGAAGUCACUAGCACAAAAUUUACAAGGGAUAUAUUCAAAGAAUUAUUAAUUUCUCUAGUGGCUGCAAUAUUUUCUGGUUUUGGUAUAUUAUUUCUACUGCUUUGUGUUGGAAUUUAUGUAUAG